AGGGUAACUUGACAGCGGUCGACCGGCCGAAGUCGUCGGGACUGAGGAAAGACUUUACCGCCGCUGCAGCAGCAGCUCCACCCCCCCACUCCCGUCCGGUUUUUAAAAAGGAUAAAUUUAACAAAAUAACACACAAGUUUCUCGCGGGUUUACCCAACAUUUAACGGCCGCGGAUUCAGCCGUUUUACUUUCCUUUCUCUCAGCGGUGUUCAGACUGUUGGUUACCCCCGCGGCUGGCGGUUAGCAUCGGUUACCGCUGCUAAACAUGGUGGCCUGUAGGCAAGAAGAAGAAGAAGAAGAAACGAGCCCAGUUUUGGGGAUUUUUGUGAGGAAUUUUUUUUAAAGGCACUUGGACGGCUGUGACUGUGAAACACCGCUGCUCCGGACACAUUACUACCCUCCUUGUUUUUGUGUUUUUUGUUAGUUUUAUCUGGCGGUUGCCGGACUUCGACGUUGAGGGGUUGCCUUUCUGACACAAGCAAGCAGCGGACCAGCACCGUCCGUGUUCUGUGGACCGGGGAUAAAUUGUUCUUCAGAAGUUGUCACCAGGCCGCCUGAAAGUUAUUUUUUUUUUUGGGGGGGGGGGGAAAAAGUAGUAAAAACAUGCUUUCACGUGUGGAAAAACGCAUCAAAUAGCAGCACGGGUUUGUUUUAUGACUGUUGUGUUGAUAUCACGGAUGUCUUGACACUCACAUAGAGAUGAACUGGUGCACAAGUGCUGCUAACUGGAACUAUUUUAUCCUCUGAGAUAGUUUCUAAAAAAAGCCCCCCUUGUUUGAGGGGUUGAUUCAUUGUUAAUCUCUGGAUUAUUAUGGAUUAUUAUUAUGGCUUAAUCCAAACCACGCCAGGCCUGGAGUAUUGGGAAUAACUGCUGAUAUUCUGAUGAUGAUGAUGAUGAUGAUGAUGACAGAGAAAAGCGAUGGUUUCCCUUCGUUAUGAUUUUGAGUAGAGAGGAGUUAAUUACAUGGAGACUCGCCUGACAUGCCAAGGAAGGAGUUGCCACUACCUGAGGGUUGGGAGGAAGCCAGAGACUUUGAUGGCAAAGUGUAUUACAUUGACCACAUUAACCAGUGCACCAGCUGGAUCGAUCCCAGAGACAGGCAGACGAAGCCUCUGACGUUUGCUGACUGCAUUGGGGAUGAGCUGCCAAUCGGUUGGGAGGAGGCGUACGACCCCGUCGUCGGAUCGUACUAUGUCGACCACAACACCAAGAGCACCCAGCUGGAGGACCCACGGGCCCAAUGGCAGCGGGAGCAGGAGUCCAUGCUGCGGGACUACCUGGCUGUGGCCCGCGAUGCGCUCAGUGCCCAGAAGGAGAUCUACCAGGUGAAGGAGCAGAGGCUCCGCCUGGCACAGCAGGAGUACCGGCAGCUCAAUGAUGCGUGGAGGGACAAGUCGACGUCACAGACCAGCUUGAAUUCCAGAUCGUCCUCGUCCAGCAAGUACGACCCAGACAUCCUAAAAGCAGAGAUAGCCACAGCCAAAAGUCGGGUGAACAAGCUGAAGCGAGACCUGGCCUGUAUGAAGCAGGAGCUGCUGUACAAAGAACAAGGCUUUGAGACCCUCAAAGAGAUCGACCAGAAGGUGUCCAACAGCCCGUAUGGCUACAAACUGCAGGAGGCGCAGGCCAUCCUCAGCGAGGUCCGCUCCAUCCGAGACGCCAUCAGCUCUGGGGAGAAAGAGAAACAGGAACUCAUGCAGAAACUGGCGGUGUUGAAGGACGGUUUCCAGCUGGACUCGGGCUCCCAGCAAGAGCUGUGGGGCAGCAGUCCCUCGCUCGCCAACUCAGAGCUUUCCAUCCCACGGCUGUACUCCGACGCCGGCUCCCAGACUGACAUCCCCGCUGAGUUUAUGACCAGCACCAACAAACUGGCAGAGAAAGUCCGUCUGAGUCUGAAAUACGAGGAGGCCAAGAGGAGGAUUGCCACCAUUGAGGUGCAGAUCGCCAAACUGGACAGCGAGGCAUGGCCGGGGCUGCUGGACCCGGAGCGAGACCGCCUCAUCCUCAUCAACGAGAAGGAGGAGCUGCUGAAGGAGCUGCAGUAUAUCAGCCCUCGCCAACGCCUGGAGCCCAACGACGCCGAGAAGCUGGAGUCUGAGAAGAAACGUCUGGAGAGAGACUUGCAGGCCGCCAGAGACAACCAGAGCAAGGCUCUGACUGAGAGGCUGCGACUUCACUGCAAGAGGAACAAGCUAGUCCGAGAGCUGGAGGAGAUGGUUCGACUGGCCACAUCACUACAUACUCAACUCAAAAGCCUGUCGGCCAGCACUCUGUCCUGUUCGUCCGGCAGCAGUCGAGGCUCUCUAACGUCCAGCCGUGGCUCGCUAGCCACCACCUCUAGCCUGGGCUCAACCUCCUCCCUCAGCUUCACCGACCUCUACCUGGAGCAGCCCGAGCUGGCUGACCCGGACUUCCAGAACAAGCUGGACAGCCUCCUGCAGGAGGGCGGCCAGGGAGGUUACCGCCCCUCCAGCUCCAUCACCACGAUACAUGAACACGAAGUAGUGACGGGUUGUGGAGGGAAAGACGCUGGGAGGCCUGAGGGCAAAGCAGGCAGGGUGGGAGGAGACACGGGUUGUUCUGCUGGAGGGGGUGUAGGUGGUGGCGGUGGUGGCGCAGUGGAGUCAGGGUCAUCCAGGAUCCAGGCGCUUAGACUGUCAGAAACCCCUCGCUCCAUGAGCUCUUUAUCUCCACGAUCGUCCCUUUCCUCACUGUCUCCGCCGUGCUCGCCGCUGGUCACAGACACUAGUUUCCUGUCUGGAGAGACAUUCGCAGGCCAGACGGGGCCUGGCGGGUUGAGCUUGGACCUGGAGCUCCACAGUAGGUUAGCAGAACUGGAACUCAGCCUGGACUCUCAGGAGCAGCGGCAGGAAGAGCACGAAGGUCCUAGGGGGCUGGAGGAGAAACAGAAUCACAACACCACGUUGGGCGAGUCGGUUAAAGACUCGGCGCCACAGCUGCGUGGAACAGGGGCGGGGCCAAAAAAGAUGGGCGUGACCUCAGCAGUGUCGGACGAAUCAGUGGCUGGCGAUAGCGGUGUGUACGAGCCUUCAGAGCGCAGGCCGGGCCUCCCUGCAGACCUCCUCCUCAGCUCCUAUGAUGAGCGGUUGGCGCCGGGCUGCUCUCAGGUGCAGCUCGGCUUCCGCUACGAGUCCAGAGACCAGCGCUUCACCAUCUAUGUCAUGCAGCUGUCCAACUGCAGCGCCCUCUGUCUGCCAGCUGACCAGAAAAUGUAUGUGCGUUCGGCGGUGCUGCCCUGCGUGGAGGCCACCCGCUGCCUCUUCCGAACCCGCGGCUCUCUGCCUCAGGACAUCGUGGAGGUCAAUGAGGUGUUCAGCAUGCAGAUAUCCCACAGUGCACUGCGGCAGAAGACACUGAGGGUCGACAUCUGCAACACCAGAAAGUCGGGCCACGAAGAGUGUCUGGCGGGAGCCCAGAUCAGCCUGGCUGAUGUCAGCUGUUCGGAGGAGAGAUGCACCAAGUGGUACAACCUGCUGAGCCGCGUCUACAUGCCCGAGAUGAACAACAAGGACAAAGAGAGCCGAGCAGCCGGCGCUUCUGACAGGACUCCGGCGAUUUCCAGUGUUUCCAGAGUUGGAGCUCCUGAGGACGAUGAGUGGCAUGGCGACGCUUUGGAGGAAGACAUGUUUGAUGAUGAAGAAGGAAAUGGCGCAGAGGGAGUGGAACCUCUGGAGGAAGAGGAUGAGUUUUAUCCUGAAAGCAGCCAAUGGGAAGCAGAGGAGGAGGAGGAAGACGACAAGUCGACAAAAUCCCCUCCAACAGCAGCCAUCACAGAAAAGGUCAACAAGGAGACAAGCAUGGACAGCUUGUUGCCGUCCCACCACUGCUCUGUGGUUCGACCCAAGGAGCGCCGCCACGACGUACACCAGCAGAACCCCUUCAUGAGGGGAAACACCAUCAUCCGCUCCAAGACCUUCUCCCCUGGACCUCAGAGCCAGUACAUCUGCAGGAUAAACCGCAGUGACAGCGACAGCUCCACCCUCUCCAAGAAGUCUCCGUUUGUCAGAAACGCUUCAGAGAGACGAAGCAUGCGCAUGAAGAAGCCUCCCAUUCAAGUUAAAGGUCUGGACGGUCUUCUGCGAACGUCCCUGGACUUGGAGUUGGACCUGCAGGUUUCGCGGACGCGGCAGGCCCGGCUGUCGCAGGAGCUGCGGGUACUGCGGGAGCUGAAGAUGCAGCUGGAGAAGGCGAGGCAGCAGGGCCAGAGAGAGCUGCCGGCCUGGGUCCAAGAAGACGAACGCUUCCGGCUGCUCCUUAAGCAGGCCGAGAAACAGACUCGUGAGGAGCAACUGCAGGAGAAGCGGGUGGAGAAGAUGAUGAGGGCAGCAGCCAAGGACGUGCACAAGAUCAGGGGCCAGAGCCGCAAAGAGGUCCCCGAGGUCCAGACCUUCAGAGAGAAGAUGGCCUUCUUCACACGAGCAAAGACCAGCAUCCCCGACCUGCCGGCUGACGAUGUGUAGAGAAGCAUUUCAAAGUAUUUCCCUUCCUGAGUCUUAGUCUGCUGUUCCCAACACAAAUGAAGCAAAUGUUUGGCGGUGUUAUGAAGAAUUUUAAAUAAUAAUAAUACUAAUAAUAUGUUUAGUAGAAAAAAAACACUGAAAAACCGUGAAGAAACACAUUUUUAAAGAGCUCAGCAUUUCUAAUGUGGAUAGUCUUUGUUUGUAAAUUAGUGAUAGCACUGCUAGAGCUUUUUUAUUAUUAUUUCACCCUCUCUUUAACUCUGUUUAUGGCGUUGUGUUUUCUGUUACUAACAGGCUGUUUAUAGGCUUUAGGUGUUUAAAAUCAUUCCAGCACAAAGUCACACAGCUGCACAUGUGCAUACAAAGGGUUUUGUACUAAAAUAACACAUUUGGGCAAAAAAUAUAUAUGUAUGUCGACAGCACAAAACAACACAGAAAACAAAGGUACUAAAGCAAAAUAAGCAACUUAAGCAGGUGAUAAAACCUGCAAGUCAUGUGUUUGUGAGAGCAUUUUGAAAAGUUUAUACGCAGACAAACUUAAGCACACCUGGAGCUUGUCUGAUGUGUACAAUGUUGACAGCACAGAUGGUUGUACAUAAGCAUCAUCAGCAUGGCUUCUGUUUCAGUUCUGGCAUCUCUCACUACACGACACACGAUACCAGAACAGAAGAGGAAAACUGGAGCGUGUCUUUACAGACAUUAUUAAAUGAACUGGAUCUCAUUAUAGAAGAGCAGUUUUUAAUCAUUGAGUGGGAGGUGAGAUUCUUCUUGUUUUAGGUGUGAAGUCUAAACUCGUCUGUCACCAGUACACACACACACACACACACACACACACACACACACACAGACACUUGGAAAAGUGUAGAAACAGCGCUAACUCUCACUAACACUCAGGUAGUUGAUCGGAUAGUCUGCACUUUAAGAAACGAGGUAAAAAAAAAAAAUUAAAAAAAGAAACUUGAUGUGGGUUUUUGGAAAGUAAAAACAAAAACAAUCCAAAAACCUUUGCCUCGCGCUGGAAUGAUUGUUGAUUGUUGAGGUACAUGAAGAUUGUCGAAACACACACAGGAAGUGAAGAUCAAAUGUAUUUUUGAUGACUGUGAACUUACUGAUUGUAUGACUAAAAGGAAGUGACUAACCCCCCCGCCGCCUGACCGCUCCCCUGAUCUUCACUUGAUUGACUGGUUAAAAUGUUUUCUACCCUGAUGACAUAUGAACACUACGUUUGGUCAGUUUAUUUUUUAGACUUCCCUCUGUUUUCACUCUCUAACUGGAUAUUUUGGAUACAUACUGUAUCUGAGUCUUUCUCAUGUCUCUUGCAACUGGACGUUAGCAUGGUGCCCCAGCAAAAAUGAACAAAUCAAUCGAGUCUUCAAAGCUGCUUAUCUUGAUGUUUAUCUUAAUGUGAAAGGGGUCUGAACCUACAGGUAAUUAUCAGUCCUUCUCAACGCUUACAGUCCGCAACUGGUAGUGUCAUUUUAGGCCACCAAUGUAGCAGGUAAGCGCUAAAGACCCCAUGUGUAAUACCUGCUCACUACCAAACAGCAGACAGACUCAGUUAGAGGCUACCUGGUGAAGACAGGUGAGAAUUUAGCAGCAAAAGAGUCAGAUAUUUCCCUCAGGAGUUGGUAGAGACCAAAAACAGAGCUAAAAGAGGGUGAAUAUUGGACUUGUAUUCAUCAGGUGGACACGCACAUGACUUCAGGUCUCCAUAAAGUGAUUAGAUUAUAAUGUUACUUUUUGUUCCAUCCCACAAUUAAUUACAAGUUCUAUACUGUCUUGCAACCACUGGCAGAAAGGAAUAUUCUCACUGAGAUGGAAUAAUUAGUUGUCAGGUUUUGUUUGGCUCAGGUGGUGAAGUUUGAGAAUUAUUCUAAGGUUACUCUGCUGCGCGUUGUAAUAUAUGUUCUGUUUUAAAAUCAGCGCGAUGACCAAACAGACAAGAUUCUAAUCUAUCAAUACAUAUAUUACAUGUACGUAUAACUUUUCCUAGUACUGCCAGUCCUUGGAAGUUCUCCAUAGUGUUCGUGUCCAGUGGGUGCAGAAAGGUGAGAAAGAAAUGUUCUGAAAUUAGCAACCAUUAGCGAGGUAAUCAGUUUAUAGAUCCAACAUCAGCUUUUGUAACCUGGCUGGGAAAUAAGAGCAAGUGUUUUAAUUUAGAAAGCAUGGAAAUGGUUCUUUGUCUGUAGUCAGAAGUCGGAUAACUGUACGUGCUCCUGGGAUGUGAUUUAUAUUCAACUCAGUGGAGACUUACUGAGGUCUGACUCUGCUUCCAAGGCAACUGGACUUUAAAUCAGCAGCAGACCUCGACUCCGGCACGUCUGUUGUUUACUGCCUUUUUAUGUUUGUACCUGGAUGUUGAGUAGCUGUUGGAGAGGUUGUCCUUGGUACAUUUCACCUGCGUUAAUGCACAACAUCUCUCUGAAAUUCUUCACUGUAGAUUCAAAAUGAUCCUGAUAACUGGACUCACGUAGAAGACCUGAAAGACCUGAUAUGUUGAGAUAUUUUAAGCAGCAGAAGGAUAAACACCAGAAUGCAUUGCAACGAAAAGAGAGGUUUAGUUUUCAAUAUGUGCUGGAAAAGCUUUCUCAUUACUGUGCUUCUACCUCAUUGUGUUCUUAUUAUAUAAAGUGUCGUGACUACGGCACAAAGAAGCAUUUAUCCGCAGAGGGGCCUUUGUGAGCAGUUCACAAAACGUUUAGGAAAACAAACAAAUGAGCAACAAAUGUAAUAAAUAACUGACUAAUAAUGGUGAGCAGUAUAUUGCAUCUCUGCAAGAGAGAUCUCGAUUUAAGGCAGCACCGUUUUCUGGCUGCAAUCAUCAAAAUAAAAUACUGAAAAAUCUUACAGACAAAGAAUUAGGUAAAACUAAACCAUUAGGUUUUAAACAAGGAAGACAACCCUACUAGCACUAUAAUAAAAAGCACAGGAUAUCGAUAGUUAUUUCUCCCUUAAAUGUUUUGUUCCAGAGGUGGCUUGGUCUGGGGGUGCAUUUUCAGCAGCACAGAUGCUACAGUAUGAUCAUAGAAAUAGAAGGGCAGGACUGAGAGAAAAACAGCCAUGGUCUGGGCAAAAGACUCAAACCUCAGUCAGAUGAAGGAUCAAUGAGUCAAGUAGACUAGAAUAUCAUAUACAACUAAACAACUCUGCCCCUGCACUCUCUCUCUGCUACUAGGGAAAAGAAAGGGGAGAUGGCAGGAUAACAAAUCACCUACUGAACUAAACACAAAAAAAGAAUAUAAAGAAAACUUUGCUUCUGAAAUUUAUAGCUGACGGCAACAACUUGUUAGAAGGCAUUCUGGGAAAUAUAGAAAAUGACUGAAGUAGAAGCACGCAGGUUGGGAGAAUGAAACAUACUAAAUUACACCUACUGGACACAAAAUAAUUCAAUAUUUUGAACAUUACAGAUUGAAAACAGGUCCAACAGUCUGAGAUUCAACAAGGAAACACAAUGAAGUAAAAUAAAGUAGAGGAAAGAUCAGAGAAAACUGGAAACUUACAGAAUAAGCAAUGGCUAUAUGGCAGAGUAGCAGAUCAGAACAUGAAAAGAACAGGAUUUUUACUUGUAUAAAAGUUUCAAAAUCUUUCCUCCAGGGGGUUAUUCAAAGUGCAGAAAAACGUGAAAUUAAAAGUCAAAUGGAGGUCCCUCACUUGUGACAUGCUGUUGUGAUUUAAUCGACUCAUCUCUGUUUCGUCUCGGUUCUCUUCUUGCUGGGUCACCAUGCUAAACAUGUAUAUUGGGUGCGUUGGUGUCCAUCACGCGGCACAAACCUUUCAUAUAAUCGCGUUUCCAUUCCCGGUGCAAACAACGAUGUAGCUGACACAAAGCUAACCGCUGUUGCCAUUCCAGAUGUUUCUCUGUUUCACUGUUUGUAGAUGAACAGCGGCUCACAAGAAUGCUUGAACUCUAGAUCCGAUGGAGAGUCGACCUACAACCUUUUUUUUGUAGUUCAUGUGUUGCCUUUGGUGUCUGUAUGUGUAAGACCAACAGAGGAAGUUUACUUUGACCUAUUUUCCCUGUUAAAAGUUUCCACUUCUUGCUCCUUUUUUUAAUGUCACCCUGCAGAAGUCUCCUAAAGAGUCCCAAAAAUUAAAAUCAGCCUUGUUUUCUGAUAAUUAAAUACUGUAAAUGUUUCAAUUCCACAGUUAAAGAAAGAUAGUCACAACACAUUCAGGUUAGACGUAGGAAUAUUUUGCACAAGUGUCUAUAAGAAUAAUAAAUAUCCCACAAAUACUUAAAACACUACAGCUCUUCAUCCCUCGUCUAAAAAAAAGACUAAACGAAAGGUAAAACUGGAUGGGAACGGAAUCAAAUGCUGGGAGUACGUUCGCACUGAGGCUGCGUUCACACUGCUGGAACUGAAUGUUUGAUUCUGGCCGAUACCUGAUAUCCGUCUGAACAGUCACACUCCUGAACAGCAGCUGUACAAACAAUCAAUACCAAAGAUUAAACACCUGAAGUUCACAAACUAAAAUGCUCCAGAUAAUACUUCACCAGCCCGCGUAGCCACGUGUUUUCGAGUUCUCUAAAGUUUGUUUUUAGUCCGUGUGGACACCCAUAGUACUAUCAACAGAUUCCGUUUUGGAGUACAUUGGGGACUUAAGACAGUAUAUAAAACCUAAAUCUGCUAUGAUUUCAGAUGAACACAGUGGAGUAGAAAGUACAAUAUCUCCUCUAAGAUGAGGUGGAGUUCAAGUGCAAAGUAGGAUAUCACAAUACCGUUAAGUACAAGUACCUCAGAGUUAUAGUUAAAUACCGUACUUGAGGUAAUCUAGCUGCAUUCCACCACUGCUUAAGACACCUGCCUUAUAUUCUUGUUAAUCUACACUUAUUACAAACAUUUACUUACUGUAAAUGUGAUAUGGACACCUCAGUAUAAUAUAGUCCAGCACCAACACCACCUUUACCUUCUGGUACCAAUGGAUGCCUUAGGUCAUUUGGUUCUAUACGAUACCAGUGUCUUCACUCUAGCUUUAAAACUGAGCCCCGCUACAGCCUCUGAAAGAGAGUAAUGUUGGCGGAGGAUGUCGGUGUCCUGGCGGAGCUGAAGAGGUCAAACACACGGGUCCGUUGGAGAUCAGUUUCUUCCUUCCUAGCAACAUUUUAGAUAAUUAUGCAUCCUGAAGGUGCGAUUAAAUGUAACAUGAAAGGAUUUUUUAGCUGUUCAGAAUGCUACAUUUAGCGUUGUCAACAGCUCAGACUCUUGAGUGGCCCUAGAACUCGCUUCGGUUCUUUGUUAGUUUCCUCCAGUCUCUCCUGUUCAUGGAGUCAUGAGGCGAAGGGAUGAGCACAUAUUGCCUCAGCUUGCACAGGCGCAUCUUUUUUCCUCGCAGCGUCGACACCUUAACGCCUCACUUUCUCUACACUGAACGGCUCCACCGUCAUGCCAAACUGGAGCGUCUUACAGGAGUUCUAACUGGUCUGUUCAGGCGGAGGUCACGCGGCCGUAAAUAAGGAACGUCUCAGAUUGAGGAACCAUAUACGAAAGUUACAACAUAUCUUGGAGUCCCGCGACAGAAGCAGUCAGAUCUGGUUUCUGCGUCCUCCCGCAGUGUGAAUGCAGCUGUGCACUCUGAGGGUUGAGGGUUUUACUGUAGCAGGAACACUGUGAAAUUAAUGAAAGCCUUUGGAGUUAUGUGAGAGUGUGCCUUUCGGAGAGCAACACGUAAACUUUUUUUUUUUUUUGUCUUAAAUGUCCAAACCCAGCCGCCAUCGUCUGAUCUGAAAGAAAUGUAGAGAAACGUUUGCAUUCAUUUUCCUAAUGUAAACCUUUUUUUUUUUUGUUUUCCUCCACUGUAGAGCGAGUAGUUCUGAAGAAUAGGACUCUGUGUAGUCUUGAGGAUCAGUUCUGUCUCUUUUAAAGUCCGUUGAACUUUGUCAUGAUCGACCGAAUAUUGUUUAACCUCCUAAAUCAGAAAAGACUCAUUUAUAUAUAACAACAUCUGGAUGAAGGAAUGUAGGUUUUUGUUACGAGAAAUCACGAUCAUUCAGAGAAAAAAAGACAAAUGCUGUUAGUCACAAAAAAUUAUUUUUUUCAUCCUGUAGGUUGUGAUAAUUCUUAUUUGUUUUCUUGUUUGUUUUCUGAAGUUUAAGUGCAUUUUUUCCUCAUUUGAUUAUUGUUUUUUUUUUCUUUUUCUAAUGAAUCUGUGUUACGACUGGUGAUGAACCUGGUAUUGUGUAUGGAGGCGGCUAUGAGAAACAUACAGCAUGUAUUUAUUGCACUUUGUGAUUUGGGUGUGCUUUUCCUGUUUUUCUUUUUAUCGCGAGAGUCCCGAAAAGCUGUGAAUUUUAUUCUCAGACACUGUACUGUCGACCAGAGUUGUAAAUAUUUCACCAGCACAAAAAAAACCAAACAAACAAUAUGUUUUGUAGUUUCACAACAAAUAAAAAAAAGUUCUUCUCUUCUA